ACCGCCGACGUAACCCGGAAGAGAUCGCUUAAUAGGAUUCUGGAGGCCGUGGAAGCGGCCGCUUGGAGUCUGGACCCUGCUGCAGCGCUAGCAUGAACGCCCCUCCAGCUUUCGAGUCCUUCCUGCUCUUCGAGGGCGAGAAGAAGAUCACCAUUAACAAGGACACCAAGGUACCCAAUGCCUGUUUGUUCACCAUCAACAAAGAAGACCACACACUAGGAAACAUCAUUAAAUCACAGCUGCUGAAGGACCCACAGGUGCUCUUUGCUGGCUACAAAGUCCCCCACCCCUUGGAGCACAAGAUCAUCAUCCGCGUGCAGACCACACCGGACUACAGCCCCCAGGAGGCCUUCACCAAUGCCAUCACCGACCUCAUCAGCGAGCUGUCUCUGCUGGAAGAGCGGUUCCGGGUGGCCAUUAAAGACAAGCAAGAAGGAAUUGAGUAGUGGGCUACAAAGACCUUUGCUUGGCCUGUAAGCCCAGUUCCUACAUGCAUCAAGCCCUUUUCUCCAGGCGCAGAGGAGAGUGGCCAGUCCUGGCUGUGACCCUUGGAGCCAUCCGUGAGCCUCUCACCCUUGAUGUACAUAGAUUCUGUUUUAUCUUUCUAAUAAAGUAUGGCAGGAAAAGACUUGGCCAAGGGCACAA